UACCUCUUUCUCUCGUCUCUUUCUCCCGCUCUAUAAAACAUCACAUAACACUGACAAUCAGACCUACAAGCACUACCAUUCACGCAACACCGCCACUAAUCCUGCAACAAAGAACGUAUCAUUCACAUCUUCCAAUAGACAAAACAGAGACAGAGCAUUUGAUUUUCAGCCCUCAAUCAAUCUGAAGAUUGAUCCCUGCUAUUUGCUCCAGGGUCUUUUUCGGGUUUCCCUUUGUCAUUUAUCUCUAGUUGUGGCAUUUUUACAUAGUCCAUUUUAUUUUAUUUUUCAAGAAAGGGAUUACAGUACAGUUAGGCAUGAAAAGUGAAGGUCUACCAAGAGGAAUGAAGUCCACAUGUUGGUGCGUUGUUCUCCUGUCACUCAUUUCUAUGGUUACAAGUGCCCAUUCGUCUGCUUCUGGAAGUUCAGAUGUUCUGAAGUCAGAGAGCCCGAAGUCGAGAGCUAAGGACCUCUGGACAACAGACACCAGCAAGGACUUAUCCAUCAGUCGCCUGCUCUCCCAGACCUUUUAUGACAAGAACCUGUCUGGCCUGGAUCUGAACUAUGACAAGUUGGAACCAUACUCUAAACAGGAGCUCUGGGACUGGCUCCACAACACCUCUAGCCUUCGUGACCCCCGCUCCCGAUCCAAGAGGAGACCCAUCGUCAAGACAGGAAAGUUCAAGAAGAUGUUCGGCUGGGGCGACUUCCACUCCAACAUCAAGACAGUGAAGCUCAACCUGCUGAUCACCGGGAAGAUCGUAGACCACGGCAACGGCACGUUCAGCGUCUACUUCCGCCACAACGCUACGGGCCAGGGCAACGUGUCGGUGGGUCUGGUGCCGCCCACCAAGGCCGUGGAGUUCCAGCUGCAGCAGUCGACGGUCCUCGAGCCCAAAGACACCAAGCUGUUCAACUGCAGGGUGGAGUACGAGAAGGUGGAGAAGGGCACCAGGAAGUCGUUGUGUUCCCACGACCCUUCGCAGAGCUGCCCUCAGGAGCAGACCCAGAGCCAUGUGUCCUGGCUGUGCUCCAAGCCCUUCAAAGUCAUCUGCAUCUACAUCUCCUUCUACAGCACCGACUACAAGCUGGUGCAGAAAGUGUGUCCGGAUUACAAUUACCACAGCGAUACUCCCUACCUCCCCACCGGGUGAUUGGCUGAGCGGCUAAGGGAAAGGAACAGAGACAGACAGGGCAUUCGCUCCUGAGAGGUGUCAGUUGAUUUGAGCUAGGCUGGCACGGCCCUCAAUAGAACAGAGGGGGAUGCUUUACUGUCGGAACAGAACUGUUAAAAGGUAUUAUUAAAGCUAAUGCGUCCCUGCUGCUUGUGAGAUCGCUACACUGAGCAGACCUUCCCUAUGGCCAUUGUACGAGCAUUUAGGACACAACAUUUCCUGGCUUGGCAUACUUUUUCCUCAUGUAUUUUGACCCUCUAUAGUAGCUAUACGAAAGUACUCAGCCGGAGCCCUCGCUGAAGGUUUGUCAUUAUGUAAAUAAUAACUCAUAAAGCCCACUUUAUUCUAUGAGAAAGUGUUUCGAUCUUCUAAUGUAACUCUGUGUGUUGAUGGAAUAGCAUUUUUCAUUUUCUCUCAUUGUCCGUUUCUGUUUGUCGCUGGUGAUUACAAAGCGGGAAAUGAAAUAGGUAGAUGUCGACUUACUGUGAAGGAAAGUGUCCGAACGCAUUAAGACGUGCCAUCUAUUUCAUUACGUGUUUGUAUCUGUAUGACAGCCAGAAAUACAGAUCCUUUCAAAAUGGUUUCUUUUUCAGUCUCAGUGAAUUAUUGAAACAUCAACAUCACAUUUAAUAAGAAAAAAAUAGAUAAAAAAGACAUAAAAUAAAACACUUCCUACAGAUAUACACUGAGUAUACCUAACAUUAGGAACACCUUCAUAAUAUUGAGUUGCACCCCCUUUUGCCUUCAGAACGGCCUCAAUUAGUCAGGGCAUGGAGUCUAUAAGGUGUCAACGCGUUCCACAGAUAUGCUGGCCCAUGUUGACUCUAAUGCUUCCCACAGUUGUGUCAAGUUGGCUGGAUGUCCUUUUGGAGGGUGGACCAUGCUUGAUACAAAUGGGAAACUGUUGAGUGUGCGAAACCCAGCAGCGCUGCAGUUCUUGACACAAACCGGUGCACCUGGCACCUACUACCAUACCCCGUUCAAAGGCACUUAAAUCGUUUGUCUUGCCCAUUCACCCUCUGAAUGGCACACAUACACAAUACAUGUCUCAAUUGUUUCAAGGCUUAAAAAUAUUAACCAGUCUCCUCCCCUUCAUCUACACUGAUUCAAUGAGGAGUCAUAGCUUUCACCUGGUCAGUCUAUAUCAUGGAAAGAGCAGGUGUUCUUAAUGUGUUUGUAUGCUCAGUGUACAUUGUUUUCGGUAGAUAAAGAAAAAAAAUGCUAGCAAUGGUUUUCAGCUCUCAGUUAAUGUGGAGUAAAUCAGCUCAAUGGAGGACUUUCAUUCAUUAUGGAUCUAAGUUUAUUUCAAUAUUCAAAAAAUAAGCACUUAUGUUUGCCCCAUGAGAAAAAAACACAGUAAAGAGUCCCCACUCUGUUCGCUAUAAAAAAUUUAAUCAAGGAAAUCAAAGGAAGUUACAGCAUGAGAUCUGCUGCUUGCCAGAGGACAUGUGUUAAACUGCAGAGGCAUCUCUCCACACAUUAUAACAACCACUUCUGACAUCAAUAACGCAAAUUCUGGAUGAUGAUGAUGAUGAUGUAAUAACACUAUACGAUAAUGAUGCUGGAUAUUCGAUUUGGCCAUUAAGCUUUCAUUACGCAAAUGUGAUGCUUGUAGCUGAUUGUGAAACAUCUCUGAGAACCAUCACUGUGAUUGUCAUCCUUGUGUGAGAGAAUAAUGUCUGGGAAUUACACUGAUACACAACAGGAGUAGAAGUCCUUCAUGAGGUUGAUAGGCACCUUGAGGUGGAGUUCUUUAUGCGGUUUGCAUUGCACAUCUAACUAGUCAACUACUACAGGAUCUUUAGUACUGUACACGUGCACACAGACUCGUUUGUUGUUGACACAACUGAAAAAAAAUGGAAUGGAAGAUUUGACAAGGUACUUCAUAAGAAAUAGGGGUUUGUUUCCUAUGAAGAGAGGGGCCCAUGUGAUAAGAGAGUGUGAACAGGGAUUUAUGAUGUGGAUGAACAAAGCUGACAGAAAUAAGCAUUAACAUUUGACUCGUAAAUUGAGAGCAGUUAUCUGUCAUCAUGGCUACUGGAUGACAAAUGUCUCAGAUUAUUUUAUUUGAGUGGGUCUUCCAUUUUUAUAAAGUGUCAUUUUCUGUAUAAGAUCAGUUAAAUAUGUUGCCAAAUUGGACACUCUUGUCUUAAUUUUGUGGAAUACACUAUACUGUACUUGAGUUAUGGCUAAUUAUGAUUUAUUUGAAAUAUAUGUAUGAAUUCAAUUGCACUCUUUUAGAUGGGCCAUGUCCGAUAGUUGCCAUGUCCGAGUCUAAGCUCUAUCUGGUACCAUUUCUACGAAUGAAACCCUCUAUCUGUAAUAUACUACUGCAUAAUUACCGCAAGGCUUUUGAUGAGUGAAUUAUCCCCCACCUCAGAUCCAGUCCGUUGGUGCAGUUGUCCUGGGCCAUAGCCGUACACCAAGCCUCUGGUCUCCUCCUGCUCUCAGAUAACUACCUGAAUAAUGUGGUCUGGGGAACUGUCACCAAUGGCAGAUAGAAUCAGGGGAUUUCUCCUUCAGACUCCCAAUAACACCCAGCAGCUGCAGGAGUAAACAGAUGACUAACCACUGGCCUUUUGGCAGCCAUUUGAGAAUGGGAGGAGGAGGAGACCUGUAAACGUUGCCUUGACAUUUAGGUGGAUUAAAAAGUUAUUGGGAUCCGGCUCUCCUGGUGUCAGAGGUAGUUGGCUCCGUAAUUAAUUGUGUCUUGGUCUUUUUUCAAGAAGCUCAGCUAAAAGCCUGCUAAGUAUCAUGCUUGUUGCAGUCCUUCACAUACUGUAUGUAGGGCUAGGUACACUUGGUUAGCCUAGCUCUUUAUCUGAUAUGACAUCUACAUUAGUGACCAAAUAGCAUAUCACUCAUAAACAGAUCAUCAGGUGGGAUGUCAAAUGACAUCUCUGAGUUUGUGCAAUUGGCAUCUAGUUCCAGAGUAAUUCAUAAAUUAUAAUUUUGUAUCUUGUUAUGUUAUUGCAGAAUUCAUGUUAUGUUUUGCUUUGAAUCUGCGGUGUUAAUUUCUGUGUGAAAUGCUGACAUAUUAAAGCCCUAUCAG